AUUUGACACAAGAGAUAGAAAGGGGGAGAGAGAGAGAGAGAGAGAGAGAGGAAAGUUGCAAAAAAAUAUUGGAAGUACAUUAAAAGAAACAAGUAUUAUUAUAGAUGUAAUUAUGUCGUCAAAUUAACCUACUGAAUUACAACUAUUCCUUUUAUUUACACUUUCUGUACUUUUGUACUAUUUUUCUUUUUCUUACUCUCUUCUAUUAAAUUUCAAAAAGUAUAUCUAUUUCAUUUUGAGUACACGAAAUCAACAUAGUGCAGUUGCAAAAAACAGAUAUUCCAUAGUAUUUUCUUCUAUUUGAAACGAAGUAAAUGUAUAUUUAGGACAUUAGAGGGAAAAUAAGAAAAGUACGAAAUGAAGAAAAAGUACCAAAAGUGUAUAUAUAACAGAAACAGAUUUCAUACUGCGUAAAUAAAUCCGAUAAAAAUUUCGACAGUAAUGAAGAAUUUGAUGGUGCUGAUACAUUAUCAAUCAAUCUUACAACAUUGCUUGAUAUAAGAAAAAAAAAAUUCGAGAAGACUCAUCAAUCCAACCAAAAAUGUUGUUGAGAAUAUAUUCCGUAUUUGUUCUAACAAUGGAUCUCGUGAUGCUUUUUAUCAGAAUAUGCUACAUAAUCUUGACUUCAAUAUAUAGAAUUAUCAGACCACAACCAUUGAAAAGCCUCUAUGGCGAAGUUGCUAUGGUUGUGGGUGCAGGAAGUGGAGUAGGUAGAGAACUCACUUUACAUUUAUGUCAGCUUGGUGUCACAGUUGCUUGUGUAGACAUUAAUGUUGAAAGUUGCAAUACUACCGUACAACGUGCCUUGCAGCUACAUGGGAAAUGCAAAAGAUACCAAUGCGAUGUGAGAGACAAUGUUGCGGUUGUAGAUAUAGUAAAUCUUAUAAAGGACCAAUUUGGAGAUAUUACAAUGCUCUUUCAUUGCUGCGGAUUGCCUAGUCCGCGUGCAUUGAUAGAGGAACCACCAGAUAUAAGAACUACAAUGGACUUGUCUGUCAUUAGUUACUUUUGGUUGUUAGAUGCUGUUUUGCCAUGUAUGCAACGUGCUGGUAGAGGUCACAUUACGAUUUUAUCUUCUGUGGCUGGCCUUUCCAGUGGUAGAAGUAGGAUUCCCUUAUCAACUGCACAAUUUGCAGUUCAAGGAUUAGCCGAAUCUUUACUCAUGGACUUACGCCACUCAAGUAAAAAUAUCAUCGUUACAUUAGUCCAUGUCUAUCCGUUCAUCAUUGGAACGGAAGUUGCCAAAGAUAUACGUUUUAGAUUACCAAGUUAUUUCGGUACAAUGCCUGCUGCAGAAGCUGCUAGAAAAAUUUUAAAUGGUGUUCGCCGAAAUUAUGCAGAAUUCAGCGUGCCAGGAUACUUGCUAUAUCUUGGACAUUUACUUAGAAUUCUUCCAAAAGAGGCAUCCAUUAUGUUACGAGAAAUGUUAGAUACUGGAGUCGAUUUUGCAUAAUCAUGUUACAUGUGAAUAUCUUAUCAGUUAUACACACACACGCGCGCAGAUAUAUGUAUAAUUUACAUCAAACUUCAAGUUACGUGUAUAAACAUAUAAGGGAAACAAUUUCUUUUUCCAAAAGAUUGCUCCAACUAUUCUUGAAAUCUCUUUCUCCGAAAAAUAUCGACAAUAAUGAAAUAAUUGUUCAUUAUUGUUGAUAUAUUUAAUAUUUAUGUAAGAUCGCAAUUUGUGUACAAUACAUAUUUCUCUUUGCUCACUCUCACUUUAAGAGGAGAAGAAUAUACAUGCCACAAAGUUUUAUAUAACAAAAAAUAUUUUAUUAUCUUUUACAUACGUUGAGAUAAUAUGUAUCAUGAGAAAAUUAUCCAUCAAUUUCUUGUAUAUAUUAUAACGUUAAAUUGUCAGAGAGUUUCAUCACAUACAUAUAAUAUAUUCUUAAAUUUAUAUAUACACCUACUCUAUGAUCAAGAUGAUUUUUUAAGCAUAUGUAAUAUAUGUGUACAUGAAUGUAAUAUUAAAACUGAUUUAUAGAUUGAUUAAAUUUUUACGAAAAAAAAA